AUGGACGGCAUCAAGUCCCUGGCCGAGCUGACAUUCGAAAGGUCGCAGAAGUUCCGACCACUGCCGGCGGACUACCGAUACAACGUCAUCGAGAUCGGCGCCUUCGAUGACGGCCCCGCCUUCAACGAGUGGCUGGUCCAGGAAGAUGACCUGCCGGCCUUCGUGACAAAGGAGCCCGUAGACAGCGACAACAAGACGGCGGAGGCUUCCCUGAAGCUCAUCUGCAUACCACGCGAUGUCGACGUCACGCUUGCGAUCUCGAAGGGGACGUUCAAAGCACUAUUCGAGGCCAUGGACGCUGACCCUUGUGCCCUAUACAUGAUUGCCCGGGACUACGAUGGUUUUCAUGAGUAUAACGGCAGCGAGUCGCCCGUAACAACAUUCGUGGGCACGCCGACCUAUGCAAUUGUCUGGACUUUCAAUCGGAAGACGAUGGUAACGCGCGGUCUCUUCUUACGGCGCCGGCCAGAUCCAUGGGCUCCGUUCCGCGACGUGCUAGACACAUAUCGCUUCUACCUCUUCACUCCACACCUCCUCUCAUUCGUCUCGUCGUUCUAUAUGCUUCGCUUCUUCGACGAGCAGACGAAUGAGCUGGAACUGCAAACGAUACGAAUGAUUGAGACGGCAACAGGGUUCGGGAGCGACGAAUCUCAUCCGCCGCCCGAGCCUGUCGACACGAAGCGGCUGACAAGCUGGGCGCAAGCGACUGCUGAGGUGCAGACUGAUCUCUCCAACGCACUACGACACCAGAAAACCAGUCGCGCGCUGCUGGCCCAUCUCACGCUCUCGUUCGACACGCAUGAGGCAGACGUCGUCCCGGACGCAUUCCUCGACCGCUACCACCGCAGCCUGCAGGCGUUGGCGGACGCGGUGCCGACGCUCGAGCGCCACAUGGACGUUUUCGAGGACUACGCCGCGUACUUGAAGGACCGGGCCGGGCGCCUGGGCGCAGUGGUAGGUCACCUCAUCGCGUCGCACCUCGACAUCAGCCUCGAGUUUGAUCUGACGGACGCCCAAGCUAUCUGCACUUCUCGCCCGCGGGGGAUCAGUCGCCGCAAGUCUUCACAGCAGCAGCAACAACAACAGCUUGGUCGAGAGCGGAAGGCGAUCUGA